AUGUGCAGCAAUUCUUGUAACGAAUGUCGCGUUGGCAGUGUUCUCUUUAUCUGUAACACUGUGGAUCUAUUCUGUGGUAUAAGUCUUACAAUCUACAGUCUUUAUCUUGGAUUAAAUCAUUUUGCACCACAAUGGCUUUACCUGCCCAUACUAGCACUGGGCAUAUUCCUCCUCUUUUCAACUUUAAUGAGUUGGUGUGGACUCUCAACUCAAAGCUGCUCCUCAUGUCUUUCGUAUUCGUCGUAUCUUUUUAUCCUACUGGCAUUCACUGAGCUUCUCUUAGCUCUCAUCAUGUUAACUCAACGUACUGCGAUUGAUCAGUUCCUACAACAUCAUCAACAUGAAUUAAAACUUUCUGAUGAUCAAUUACAACAACUUGAAAAGAAUUUUAAGAUUCUCACGAAUGGACUUUUCGUUCUCUUUGGUUUGGAAAUGAUGAGAAUUUGUUGUAGUCGUGGAUUAUAUCAUGCACGACAUUAUCGAAAGUAUCAUUAUCACCAAAUGAAAACUUUACAUCAUCUCAAUAACGAAUUAUUGACGAUCAAGACAGAAAAAGAUAUUUCAAACAAAUUUGACGAAUCGUUUUGCCAUUUCCUUCGUCAUUUGGUCCAAUUUCACUUGUUGAUCGUUUUGAAUCACACUGUUUUCUAUCAUCAUUUUUCACAAGAUCAUCGAUUGCAUAUUUCGUACGAAGAUCGCGAGACGCAAUUGCAUCCGAGAAUUUCGAUUGCUGUUUUGCUACUGAACUACGAAGAACUGAAUAAGCGUCAGCAAGGACUUGAACAUCACUUGCAAUUGACGAUAAAGUUCCAGUCGUUUGAUCUUUCAAUUAUCUUGUUCACGAGUCAUAAGAUCUUUAGUAGCAGAUUUUACAAAUGCUAG